AUGUGCCGCCAGGCGGGCUGCGGACAGUGCGUCUCCGAGGAGCACCAAGGCAUCUUCCACUCCGUCAACCUCAUAGACACCGUGUACCAGGAGGAAAAAUUAACCUUCUUCAGCAGUCUGAAAAAAAUGAGAAUAAUAAAUGAGAAGCUGAUGAAUGAAAUCUUAAGUCAACCAAAUGAUACGGAUAUGGCGCUGAACAAUGAUGCAGAGAUAAUUGCAUUGGAAUUUGGAGAAAUUUUCAAAACUCUGGAAAUGAAGAAACGGCAAUUGCUAGAAGAUGUUGAAAAUCAAAGAAGUAAAAAAGAGAAAGAAUUUCAGAUUUGGAAAAAAAUGAAGGAAACUCACAAGAAGACCAUUGAGAAUUUUUUGAAGGACUGUGAAAAGCUUGUCCAUGAGCGUGAUCCUCAGCGUUUCCUGGAGGUGGCCUGUGGCUUGAAUACAAGAAUGAAAACUCAGCUUGACCUGAUGAAUAUAGCGUCCAGCUAUGAAAAACCACCAGAGUAUACCCAAAAGAAGAUGGAUAUCAAACCUGUGGUUAAUGAAAUCUUGGCUUUGAAGUUAAUGCCCGUUAGUGUAGGCAUUGUUAAAGAUCUACCUUCUGGAGGAAACGAGAACUCAACAAAAAAUACUCUACUUAAAAAUAACGUAAAGCCAUGGCAGGACCAGAAGAAUAUACCCAACACGUUUCUUCCUGUAUCAGGACAGGAGGAAGCACUAACAGACGGUAGCAGGAUCUGUACUCGCUUAAUGUCAAUAUCUGAAAUGUCAGCAUUUCAAAACAUGAGUCAUGAGGAGUUACGUUACAAAUACUAUAUGGAACAUCAGAAGCUCAGCAAUGAGUUGAAGACACAAACUUUACUUGCAAAUAAAAAGUAUAAAUUUGUAACUGCAGAGGCUUCGAAGGACAGGUCCUCAGGAACUCCUUUUCUGUCUUCACCUACCAAAGCAAAUAACACAGAUAAAGUCAAAAUGGGAACCCUGCAAAGAACAGAUGGCUUUGAGAGAAGCUUUUCUGGAACCAGUAAUCAUGGCAUCCCAUCCACAAAUGUGAACUUUUCUGAAACAAACGGUGACUUAAAAUUACUUCAUGAGAGAAGUUCACAAGAAGUAACCACUCCAGCCUCAUCAGAAAACUCUAAAGACUUAGCAGUUAAAGAAAAAUUGCCAAUGCAGGCAUCGGCGGUUAUUGUUUCCAGUGAAAUGGACACAAAUUCUAGCACUUCAUCUGGCUUAAAACCAGCAGCAUCAGUAGCUGUUACUGUUUCAAGUUCAGAAUUUCUAGAUGUUUCUACAGAGAGACUUUCUGCUUCACCUUUUGCUUUCAGUGCAUGUAACAACUCAUUACCCAGAUUUAUUAAAGAUGCAGGUACACUUUCCUUUAAAAAGAAAGACAGGAAAUACAUUUUCCCUCAGUUCUAUCUGGGAAAAUGUGAUCACGCGGAUAAAAACGAUAAUAAGGAUGAAAGCAAAUUUAGAAAAAAUGGUCCUGUAACCAAAACCGCAGUUUCUGAUGCUUCAGCCAAUCCCAAUUCAGACUCAGCAGAAAGAGAGAACCAAUCUGAGAAGCCAUCUGACAAAAAUACAUCAUCUCACACGACAGAACAAACACCUUGUGCAAAGGAAACUGCAGAAUAUGGUACCCAGAAGCCAUCUGUCUCACAGGAACAAAAAGCUAAUGCCUUGGAAUCCAUCACAACUGUGGCUUGCAGUACUUCAGAAACCAAUGCUGCAGAUGGGGUGAGUGAUGUCUCUGAGUCCCCCCUUCUCCCCACUAGUGGUGUAUUUUCUUUCAAAAAUAACUGUGCUCAGUGGCCUUCACCAGUAUUUUCAUUUGGAAGUAUUGUCAGAAAUACCUCUGAUUUGCUGACUUCCUCCAUGUUUUUGUCUGGAAAUGGUACUGAAAAAACGGAGACAAUGAAAUCUCCUGACAAAACGACUCUAAAUCUAGGGAAGCCCGUGUCUUUGGAAUGUGCAGAGCCUGCUUCUAGACAUAGUCAUCCAAAAUGUGAAGGCUUAUUGCUUCCCAUGAACUCGUCUAAGAAAACUGGAAGUGCAGAAAUGCUUGCUGAUAGUAAUUCUUCUUGCAGUCAGCCUGUAUGUUCACUUGUCCUUCCUGUUACACACGAGAAUGCAUCUUCCACUCAGCUUACUAUUACAGCAACAAAACAAGCAACAAAGGUAAAAGAUGAAGAAAGUGAAACUGUUGCUGAAAACAACUGUUCCUGUCCUCAGAGGGAAGAUGCACCCGAGUCUGUGCUGUUUCAGGAUGCAGCUUGUUCUGUUCCUGGCACACGCAGUGAUCCAUCUUUAGGAGGUUCUGUGCUUAGGGUAAAUGAGGCAGGAGGAAUGCCAAGUGACAGCGAUUCUGACACUGAAGAGCUCAGCCAAACAUCCGUCUCUACUGACACCAGCAGUGCAUCAGAGUAUUUUUCUGUUGCCGAAGACAAAAUGUCUAGUACAAGAAAAUCGGAGACAUGA